AUGGCGUCGAAACGAAAGCGGAAUCUGAAAAGAGGGACUUUUGUAGAAGAGAAAGCAAAGCCUCAUAGGCGUGGAGUCAUCCUUGGAGCCUUUCAAGAUGAGGGAAAGAAGCACACUUGGAAUGUUGAAUUUGAGCAACCUGAUGGUUCGAAAGCAAAGGAAGUCAAAACAUCCCGACAAUUGAUUGCCAAGGAUGCACCUUCAACUGUGGAUGUUCCCGCUGUGGCUGUUCCCGCAGCUGAGGCCGCCCCUGUUACCAUUGUGGAAGAAGCAUCUGCCAACUUGUCUGGCUCUGAAUCAAGCAAGGACGAUUCUUCCGAAGCCCCCACUCCACCACCAACACCACCACAUCAGUUCGAGCGUCCACUCGACCAAUGUCGCCAGGGCAAAUCCAAACAUCACUGGUCUUCCGAGCUACGAUUGGACCAUGCACGAAAUUGA